CGUCAAUCUCAAUCCUCCUCGCCAUACUUGGAUCACCUCCUUCACGGACAUGGUCGGAGAUUUGGUGUACAGCAGCUGGAGAGGAUGACUGAGAUUUGAGAUAGAGAAUGGGGGUUUUUGGGACGGCGGUGGGAAACCAUGGGAAUCUCUCGGAAUUGGAGUUUUAGAAACAAAAACAAACAAUAAACAAGCAUUAUUCUGUCCGCAGAGAUUUUCGGCAAGAACAAUUUGGAAAACUCAAGUUGUGGAGGUGGGAUUAAUCAAUGAGGUCUGAAAUACUAGCGGUUCAAUUUGUCUUCCUUUUCUGAUCGUGAAACUGUUCCAACUGUUUUUUCCGAGCUAAAUCCAUGCCUCCCAAACCCUAGCUUCAAGUCAAUCAACAGUCUGCCUCUCCGGCGCAAUACAGGUACGUAUCCCACUCUGUUUUGAACAAGUUGGUUGAAGGAAAUCGGCUUCUUAUUUGGUGGGAUUGGUCCCUCCGAAGCUUAGACUAGUUGCUCCAUAUCUCAAAACGUUUCUCCUUUCUGGGUAUUUUGAGAGCAUCCGUUUCGAGUCUGCUCCACUUCUUUCAGUAGUUUCAAUUCAACUAGAUGAUGUGAUCGAAGACGAGGUUGAGAAGCCUAGCAUGGUUGCUAUGUGUGCUUCUCUUCCAGCACUCCCAACAACUUUAUGUUAGCUUCGAGUUCCUGGAGGUAAAUCUGCUUCCUUAUGUUGGUCCUACUUGCAAUUUUGCCAACACAAGUUUAAUCUCUCUACUCAUUCCUGUGUGUGGUGCCCUUCUCAAGUUACCCUGAAAAUGAAGAUGGUUGUUUCCAAUGUCUUCUAGAGGUGAGGAUCCUCGGCAGCCAUGGCUCACAGCUUGAACUAGACCUGUUGAAAUUUGUGUUAGCCAAAGCAGCGUUACUCCGCAGGGUUGUCAUUAAGCCUUCUGAUGAACUGGGUUGUGAAUUGGGUCUUAGGUUUUUGAAGGAGGUGACACAAUAUAGGCGAGUAUCAAAAGAUGCAGAAGUAAUAUAUGUAGUUUGAUAAGACAAUCUGGAGGAUUGUCUGAAGGUUGGCAAUUUUGUUGUAGCGUUUUGUAUUGCCACGCCUUCUUGUUGGGGAAAACUAUGCCCUGCUUUGCUGUUGUUUGUAAAGUUAAUCUGUUGCCUUGCUUUCACAUUGCAACGACGGACUCUUCUGCUUGCCUGCAAACCUUUUGUCAAGGAGCCAAAAUUUAUGUCUUUUUAACCCUCAUAAAUCCUGCUAGCAGGACCUUCAGCUGGCUAACACAACCAACCUGAACUGUGAGCCUACGCUAGUUUGGGGAACUCUUGAUCAAACAAACAGAAACGCGCCCCAAUCCCAUAGCAUCACAGUCUAUACGGCUCACUGCAAGGACUUCUAACAGGUGAAGAUUAGGAAGCCUGGCGGGCAUAUUUCUAUCACCUGCAGCAAGGGACUAAGAGAAAACCAAGCCCAAUAUAUCACAGCAUGAAUGAACACAGCAAUUGAGCAGAAGCUUUACAUGAAUGGCAAUUUGCUUCAGUGUUUUGGAGAAUUUGGAUGGAAUCAAAUGCACGCAUAUUCAGAGACGCAAAAUCCACAUCUUUCUCCACAACUGCUGUUCUCCAAAACAUUUGCAGCAGGAACUUUGCUAACAGUAUCCCUGCCACUUAUGGAAAAGCUUUUCCUCUUUGCUAUAUGAAUCGCAGUUUUCCACCCUCCAUGAAACUCCCCGCAGCUAGCGUUGUCAUGCCAAGCAGCUUUUCCCUUAAAUUACAGUAUGUUUUUCUUCAAUAAUUCUCCUUCUCAUUUCCUGACACCCAUCCUUAGGAAUAAGUCCUGUUUCUCCACAUUAUCUGACUCUAGCUAAGACAUGAGUUUGUUGCUCAUUACUUUGUUUACUUCCAUCAUGAACUUGCUGCAGGUAAUAUUCCCAGCAGACUUCCGAUUGCUUUUCACCAUUUGAAAGUUCCCGCUAUACGAUCUUGUUGGUUUAUGCCUUACUACAAUGGUUUUCUUGCGGAGGAUGCUGUCUUUUGUUUGAUAAGGAGUUCCCCGAACUUGCAAACACAUACAAUGGAAUGGAGGUUGGUUUUCAGAUCCUCCAAAAAAAUUUGCAUGCUCACCGACCUUAGGUAUUCAGAUCCUCCUUGGUCCUUGAGUAAUACUUUUUGUAGCUGGAAUGAGAGGCAAGCUACCGCUUGUUCCUACAAGGCAAAAUAAGUUUGACGCUGUGCU